UUACCCCCAGGCUUGGAAUUACAGUGACCAGCAAUCUGCUUUCUCUGUGCAGAGGGACAACUGGGUCAGCUUCAGGGUCUCUGGGGAAAGUUGGGGCCCAGGAAUGGGGGGAAGAGGACCCUACGCACUUGCCCAGAGGAUAAGACACUCAUUCCCGUUAACCAUUACCCCAUUGCUUCCAUGGCAUUGUCUUCAAGGAGGCGGGACUUGGGAGUGAUAGGUGAGCUAGCUGGGAUGGACCUUGUCCCUCCUCUGAGCACUGGGUGACUGAGCCAGCUAUGGAGGCAGCUGCAGGUAGGCCAGGAAAAAUCCUCUGGAGAGGGCUUUGGGGCAGUUGGAGCAAAUUGGACAGUGAGGCUUUGGGACUAGGACACACUUGAUGUUGGGAUUUGAAGGCCCAAGGCAAAUAGAAGUUAGGGGAAAAGAAGUGAGUUACUGUGUCUGUCUUCCUGAUCCACACCACACCCUGUACAGAUAUGCUCAGAUUUAUGUGCCUAAGACUUAGGGACAGGGAGAUACGCUCACAAUGUCCCUGAGCGUAUCUCCGUGAGAAGAUUCCUUUAGAACAGAAUGAGGGGUCAAGUCCUGAGUUUGGGGGUUCCCCUAAGUCCUUAGAAAACUGGGAGAGGAAUCUGGGAGGGGAGAAUGUGCCUCUUUUCUCACCCACUUCUUUGCCCAGGAGGUCUUCAGGACACGGCCUCGUCUCUCAAGUUUAAGUUUAACCCAAAGCUGGGCAUUGACAAUCCUGUCCUCUCCUUGGCGGAAGACCACAACCCCUCUGAUCCCCAGAGCUGGGAGCGGCUGCGGUUCUGUCUGCUGAGCAAAGAGGAGAGCAGGAGUUUUGGCUUCCACCUGCAGCAGGGGCGUGGCGGGGCUGGGCACGUGGUGUGCAGGGUGGAGCCAGGCACCUCCGCCCAGCGCCAGGGUCUCCAGGAAGGAGACAGGAUCCUGGGGGUGAACAGCGAUGUUGUAGAGCAUGAAGACUAUGUGGCGGUGGUACGCCGCAUCCGGGCCAGCGGUCCUCGGGUGUUGCUGACAGUCUUGGCACGGCAUGUGUACGAUGUGGUCCGUGCUCAGCAGGCGGACAGUGCCCGCCUCUGCCCUACCCUCGGCCCGGGUGUCCGGCCCCGGCUGUGCCACAUAGUGAAAGAUGAGGGCGGCUUUGGCUUCAGUGUCACCCAUGGCUAUCAGGGUCAUUUCUGGUUGGUGCUAAGUACUGGAGGAGCAGCUGAGCGGGCAGGGGUGCCCCCAGGGGCCCGACUGCUGGAAAUGAAUGGCGUCAGUGUGGAGAAGUUCACUUAUAACCAACUCACCAGGAAGCUUUGGCAGAGUGGACAGCAGGUGACUUUGCUGGUGGCAGGGCCAGAGGUGGAGGAACAGUGUCGCCAGCUGGGAGUGCCCCUGGCUGCACCCCUGGCGGAGGGCUGGGCGCUGCCCACCAAGCCCCGCUGUCUUCACCUAGAGAAAGGACCUCAGGGCUUUGGGUUUCUGCUGCGGGAGGAGAAGGGCCUGGACGGUCGCCCUGGACAGUUCCUGCGGGAGGUGGACCCAGGACAGCCAGCUGAGAAGGCCGGGAUGCAGGCUGGGGACCGGCUGGUGGCUGUGGCUGGGGAAAGUGUGGAGGGGCUGGGCCAUGAGGAGACAGUGUCCAGGAUCCGCGCACAGGGCUCCCGAGUCUCCCUCACUGUUGUCGACCCUGCGGCUGACCGCUUCUUCACUAUGGUUCGCCUGUCCCCACUCCUCUUCUUGAAGAGCACAGAGGUUCCUACCUCUCCCCAAGACACCUGCUCAGCCUCUCUGGUUGAGAUUGCAGAGACCGCUGAGCCUCCUGACCCUCUGGACUCCCACAAGUGCAUCCUAUAUCCUGGGCCUGGUGGUGGCUACGGCUUCCGACUCAGCUUUGUGGCCAGUGGGCCUCGUCUCUUUGUCUCCCAGGUGACUCCAGGUGGCUCAGCUGCCCAGGCAGGGCUGCAAAUGGGAGAUGUGAUUCUGGAGGUGAAUGGGUAUCCUGUGGGUGGAGAGAAUGACCUGGAAAGGCUUCAGCAGCUGGCCGAGGCUGAGCCACCCCUCUGCCUGAAGUUAGCAGCCAGGUCUCGGCAGGCCUGGGAAGCUUGGAUCCCCCCAAGGUCUGCAGAGGACUGGGCUCCGGCCUCAGAGCUGCUGUAAAGCGCCCCUGCUUGCCACAGAUCUACCCAGUGGCUUUCCUGUCGUCACUCACCAGCCUGAGAGAUGAUCUCUCUGAGCCAGAGGCCUGGAGCCCUAGGACUCAAACGCCACCCAUCACAGGGUUUUCCAGGGGCUCCCUCCCUCCCCACCGACCUGCCUCCCAGGUCAUGAAGAGGCUGUGCUCAGAGGUCUCAGAGAGGCCCAUGAGGGAGCCUGGGACCCCAGAGGAUGUCAUCUGGGAGUUUUGGAGAGCUGUGCCCCAAGGUAAAGUUGUGGGCUGCGGGGCUGGCUAGGAUUGAAGCCAUCUGGCUCUUGCCCUGUGUAUGACUCCAGGAUCCUUAAAUGUAAUGCAAGAAUUUAGAGACCAGCUACGCCUUCCCUCUGCGGGCACCUUGGGAUUAUGGGACAAGGAGGGGCCUGGUUCAUGUUGCAUUUAUUACAGAAAUGACCAUCCACCAUAAAUUUGGC